AUGUGGUACAGUAUAUUUCAAGGGAAGCUCAGCUCAGCUGACUGCUUGGCAGUCGAUGGAGCGGGGUUGCUCCAGCCAGGUAAGCGCGCAUUUAUUCGCGGCGGAAACAUGAACUUUUGGGCAACGAUUCUUCCAGUGCUUGGUACCGUUCUUAUUAUGCGGCCUGGCCAGAUGUCUAGAGAUACAUCGGCUCCUUCUGAGCGUCUCGGUAUCCGUUACAUCCGUAAAGACGCUCAUAACCUGAGAGCCAUCGACCCGUGGGCGCGGAUUCGAUAUGUCAGAUUGGCGAGCUGCGCCUAG